AAUAAUAUAAUUAGCACAAAAAUCUAGUGCAUAAGAUGAUAGAAUUAGACUUUUAUUUAGAUAUGGAGGAUGUCAUCGUCAAUGCCUGUGUCAUACGCAUAAUAUUGUAGCAAUCUGUGACGACAUCCACUACCAAUUCACAGUGUACGUGACGCUACUCAUCUCAUCACUCUUUCCCCUCUUUCCUCCUCUUUCCCCACCUAUAUAUUCCACGUUUUCCCACCUACAUCUCCCCCCUCCCUCUUAAAUUACCCUAAAUUAUAGAUCAGAGCCAAGUAGUAUUAAUUAUCAUGCAAGAGGCAUUGCCUUACAAGAGAUGGGAGGCACUCCCACCGAAUCCAGUAGCGGUGGCGAGCGUCUCACCCUGCAACAUUGGUAACACCACGAUAACAAUGUCAAUUGCAAGCUUAGUGAAGGAAAACCCGGUGAUGGUAUUGGGAAAACGAGGAUGUUGUAUGUGUCAUGUUGUAAGGAAAUUGUUGCUUGGGUUAGGAGUAAAUCCUCCUGUGUUUGAGAUUGAUGCUCAAACAAAUGAAAUUGAUCUUUUACUUAAUUCUUUGUCAAAUGAUAAAAAUAAUGUAAGCAAUUUGCAAUUUCCGGUAGUGUUUGUGGGUGGAGAGGUAUUUGGUGGAUUAGAUAGGGUUAUGGCUACUCAUCUUUCCGGUGAAUUGGUGCCUAUUCUUAAAAAUGUUGGUGCACUAUGGCUUUAAUCGUCUAUUUACUUCUUUUCUUUUUUUUUUAUUUUUUUUAUUACUCUUUAUAUAUGUACGUUUCUCAUAAGUUUUGCCUCUUGAGACAACUUCUGUAAUAGUAAAUAUUUAUUCCAAAAUCAUUUGUUUGUCUUUUUUUAUUUAUGAAUAAAUAAUUGAUUGGAUUUCCAAUUUAGCGCAGAAAUAUUUUCUAAAC